AUGUUUGCGCCCACUCUCCAAGAAGGCGGGCCCGCGAAGGGAACCCGCAGCAGUCGCCGUCGUCAGCGACCUUUGAGCGGCGAGAAUUCAGCACAACAACCCAAAGCGAAACGGCAAAGACUGCCAUUGUCGGAAACGACUUUUGCGAAUCCCGAUGCCGCUGCCACUGCCGCGCCCGAGAACUUUGAGGUGAAGUCGGACCAGCUCGACCUGCUUGGCGCGAAGAGCGACGGCAUUGAGAAUGUCGGCGUGCCGCGACGGGAGCUCAGUGUCCGUUUCAAGAAGCCAAAGGCCGGCGAGAGACCAAACAAGGGCGAUGGGAGUGUUGUUCUGAACAAUGCGUACACAGUGAGCAAGCUGCCAGCGUUGCCGGAUAAGCUCCGCGCCGACGCGCAGAGUAAGACCUACCUGCCUGUACCCUUGGGCGAGGGAACUCCACGUGGACUUGUGAUGCUAACUCCUCUAAAAGACCAACAGCAGGGUGCCAUCUUUUCUUCAAGCGGCUAUGCCCUGACCCUCACCCAUACGCACGCCUUCGUCUGGCCAUAUGCAUCGACCGUCUCGUCUCCCGAAACAUUCGUCUUCACACUCCCCUAUCCCUCGAAGCACGUCAACGACCCUCUACCGCUCGGCUCCCUAGUACCACCAUCCGCCGCCUCCGAUGAACCGGGUCUGGUGGUUGUCAUGCCCGUCAGCGGCAAAAUCGCCUACUGGGAAUCUAUUGCGAGCGCCGCUACUCUCGACUUCAUCCGCCAGCAACGGAACGGGGUCGAGGACACCAUCCCGGGUAUGUUCUCCGGAGAGCAUGUCCUUCAGAUUGUAAACGCGGAAACUUCUGCCUUCGUCCUUGUUCUGAGCAGUGGUCGCCUUGCCUACAUGAGCGUCAGGGAUACCCACGGCCGACCUGGAAUCUCCGUCCAAUUCCUCCGCGACGGCUUGUCCAACAAUCUGGUGGGCUUCCUUGGCAACAUCCGCAACGCCUUUUCUGGCUCCUCAUCUCGGACCGACAUUGCAGCCGCACGGGCAACACAUGGGUCGAACGUCGGAGAGCGCAUCAUUGCCGCCGCUUCCACCAAAGGGAGAUUAUGCUUUUGGAAGAUCCAUCGUGGCGGUCAGCACGAGUUGCUUAUCGACUUUCCUCUGCGAGAUGCCUUGAGCGAAGCAGUCCGCGCAACCGACAAGAAAGCUCAGGAGUUCACACCGGAUUCUUUUGAGGUAUUGGACUUUACCUUUGUACCACGAGGCGUUGAAGACAAAUACAUUAGUGCCAGUCGACUCAACAAGUAUGACCUUGAACAAGGGAUCGACACGGUACAGCAUGGAUUGUUGCUAGUAUCACACUCGGACAGGCGCCAGUCUCGAUAUGCCAUUGUGGAGGUGACGAUCGAGGAGGGUGACUAUCGACUUGGUAUUGUUCGCCCGAUAAAUUCAUACACCACCCCCGUCAGACCUGUUGCUGCCGAGAAACCCCGACUCCACCUACCACGUCCAGCACUUGUUGCUUUCGUCGUAUUUGACCGGGCCGUAGUUGUUGCCUCCAUGGGCUUGCUCCCCGAGUCUCCUGACGUGCAACUGCUGGACGACGCUCAUGUCUUACCGCCAACGUUUGAGGACGUGAUCGACUUUCGAGAUGAGGAUUCAUUACACGUGGUUGGCUCCGGCAGCGAAGAGCCCAGCAGCAAUGAUCCGGGUCAAGAUGGGCAGCGUAUCCACCGAUUUAGAACCAAAAAUCCAGCCGUCGUGCUCUUGUUGCAGGGUGUUGGGACUGUCAGGGUUGCCGUGACGGAUGUGGACCGAUUCACUACUAACCAGCCGCCACAAAUCACAGCAAAGAGCAAGCUCGAGCAGGCCGUCUUCUUUGGGGUCAAGGGGGACAACCCGCUCGUCUUUCGGGGCAAGAGGCAACUUCCUUUUUCCGCGCAGGAUAUUGGAACAGCCGCUAUCCUGCUCAGCAGCGAGAUCCUGGGCUCCAAGACACCUUUCAUUUCCAACAUCUCAGCCUCCCUCGAAAACAACCUUCGGCUACGGAUCAGCUAUCUGGAUGGCCUAAUCUCCUACCUUGGCGAGCUCGCGAUUGAGCUGGAUGCCCAAACCCGCUGGAAGUUGCUCUACAACGCCGAAAAACUGGCGGUUGCAACAUAUGUGUGGCAGAAGCAUGAGGACUUCCUCGCACAGCGACCACAAGGAGAGAGAACAGUGGUCACGGAAAUCGUUGCCUGGAUUCAUGAAAGCCAAAAAACGGACCUCAACAUGGCGGUCGGAGAGGUUGAUCCUGUCCGGCAUUGGUUUAUUCAUGACGUCUGGAGAUUCGACAUCUUCCUUGCUUGGACUUAUCAGGUCAUCAAGUACAUCUACACAAAGGGAGUUGUCAACUCUGAUGAUGAAAUCACGCGACUGGCAUGGGAAGCCGCUACUGUCGAGAACGGAGCGCUUGCCGAGGCCCGGAAGUUCCGUCUCUCCAGGGCUAAUGACUAUGGAGUGAGCGGCACUGAGGUCCCGGGCGGCACCGGAUUCCCAGAGCCCUGGUCUGCUACUCAUCUCAUUAUUCACAACCACAAGCGACUUGUUGAGUUCUGUUUCAAGUGGCUCGACUCUCAUCAACCAGCACAAGAGAGCAACCCCGCCAACAAAAUUCUCCUCGAGUCAACCCGAGGUCUGCUGCCACCUUUGAUCAGCCAAUACCUGCAAUCAUUGAUCGACCAGGCCUCGUGGGCUACGGAAAGUGAAGUCUCGGAAAUUCAGGAACGCGGAAAACUCUAUCUGAAGGCGUACGCGGAGGAGGUUUAUGACAAGGUAACCCGUCUGAAGGACUUUGAACUCUGGGAGGAGGCUAUCCAGCUUGCCAAAGAGUACAAGGGCUUUGACGCCCUUGCCGAAGUCGUUGUGCAGCAGAUUCUGUUGAUGGAGCAGAAGGCCGCCAGCGCCGUCCCCCAAAACGCCGAGAACAUGCAGUUCCAGGUUGAAGAGAAGAAGAAGCGUAUGGGCAGGCUAUUUGACGACUAUGGAGCGAACUUUGCCUUCCGUGCUUAUGAGGUCCUGCUCGAGAACAGUGGAGUCCAGGCCGUUCUCGACUUUCCAUACGACAGACAUGGCUUUGCUACGCUAUUCCUCCGGGCCAAGCCUGAGCUGGCCAAGAUUUCAUGGAUCAACGAUGUCCAACGAGAACACGAUAUUGACCAUGCUGCCGAAACUCUUCUCAAUCUGGGUCUGAGCUGCAAGCAGCAGAUCUGGAAUAAGAAGAUUGAGCUCAGCCUGGGCAAGCUGGCCUUUAUGGCUGAGGAAGCUGAACAGUCCACGAAUGGAGACCACGCCAGCAGCGCAUUCACUGAUCUUCUGGCCAAGACCAGCAUCAACCUGGAAAAGAUUGAACAAGAGCUGGAGAUUAUCAAGAUCCAGGACACUCUCUACAAGACCAUCCUGCCCAUCAUCAAGGAGGGGGUUGACGAGUCGGCGGAGCUGGAGCUUCUUCUCAAGGAGCAAGCCGUGCUGAUUCCCAAGAGGCAAAAGGCGCUCCACCGGAUUUUUGAGGACGGCAUGUCUCGCUUGCUCAAGCACGAGGCGUUGCAUCCUGCCACCUUGAUCGACCUGCUCACGCUGGGCGACCUGGGCGAGCAGUACGAGCACGUGAUCCCGGACCCGUUCUGUCUGGCCCUCAAGGUUGCUAAGUACGGCCUCAAGGGCGAGGAACGUGCCAAGGCGGUGCGGCUGAUAUGGCGUCGCUGUUUUGUUCGCGACGAUUGGAAGGCUGUCAACCAGACUAAGAACAAGGGUGACGAGGCGCAGCUGACGUUGUUGGGCAACACGGCUACCUAUCAUGCCCUCUUUGCUGUUUACGAGCAGAGUAAGUUGUUCAUUUGUCAGGGACUGGAUCACAUGCUAACUGCCCACCACGCAACAACAGGACUCUCAGACGACAAGUUCAGCCCGUUUGUCAAGCCUUCGGAGUGUUUGGGGGUGUACACGGAGGAGGUGGACCGACGGUUUGGGAACUUGGACGAGCAGGCGCAGCAGAAGAUAUUGGAGAAUAUGAAGUGGGAGGAUGAUGAGCUGAGGGGGUAUGUUGAGAAGGCGAGGGCGGAUGCGUGGUUUCUCACGACGAGCGAGUAUGCUGAGAAGACGGUGACGGCGGCGUUUAGCGAGCUGACGGCGGCUGGGAGGUCGAGUGUUAAUGGGGAUGGUGGGAGCGAGGAGGCGGCGAUUCUGAAGAAGUUUGCGGAGAAGGCGGCGGCGGGUAAGGAUGGGGGAAAGAAUGGGGGUGGGGGCUUGUUUGCGGUUUGA